UUGAUUCAACUUUUCCGAUGCAAGGUGCUUGAAAUACCAGAAUGACUACGGCCACGAGUUUGCCCAGGGUUCCCGAGGGUCUGCGGGACCUAAUGAAGGUGUACACCAAGGAGGUGUUACGUGAAAAGCCGGCUGACUUGUAUGGAUUUUCUGCCAAUUUUUUCAACCUGAUUGUUGGUGAAAAAUCACAGAAAGCGGUGCGGAAAUACGAACCGGCGCAAACUUAUGAAACCAUCAUGAAAAACCGCAUUCGUCAGCAGGUUCCCCUGUCCCUUGUGUUCAAUAUAAUCCCCGAAAAGUUGACUGAACUAAUAAAGCAAUUUAUAAAGGCAGUUCUAAGGGAAAAACCCGAGAAUAUUUAUGUAUUCGCACAGGAAUACUUUCAAAGAAUGUCCAAGGAGCAGUCGGGACGAAUUGAGUACACCAGGUAUUCGACCUAUGAAAAGUCAUUGAAGGACAAGGAAAACGUAACUCCCGGAUCGAAGGUAACCUGCGAGUGUGGACGAAUACUGAGCGGAAAACCUAAGGACGUGGAAAACAGAUACACGGAUACCAAGCUAGCUGAGGCAGACCAGAGAACAUUUUCCAGCAGAAUAACAUACUUGCAGUCGGUUGUCAUCAUUCAAAGACGAAUUCGCCGGUUUCUCAGGGAGCGAAAAAUAGGUCGCGAUAAGGAUAAAUGCAAUAGCGUGGAAUAUCUGACAGCCAUUCUCCUGAUUCAAAGACAAGUUCGUCGCUUUUUGGCCAAGAGGCGGGUGGAAAAACUUAAAAAUUCACGUGACGUCCGAGGGCCGAGUGCUAAAUUUAACACUGGCGACUAUAUGAAAGCCGUUGUCGUCAUUCAGCGACAUUAUCGCAUAUAUUUGAGAAAGAGGCAGGAGCAAAAUCGAUUGAAAAACGACCCAGUAUCCCUGGCAACAGCCGCCAUCAUAAUCCAGAGGGCCUUCAGAAGGAUGGUGGCCUCGCAAAGGGCCAAACGGAAUGCUUCUUCAGCCACCGAUCAGGCCGAGGAACUCAAUGACAACGCCUCGGAGACAGGGUCCUACACAUCCGUCUCCACCGCACUGCUAUCCACGGAAUCCACCGAGCUGGGAAUGGCCACUUACGAGGAACGAGUCCAUCAAAAAAUAAUCCACGAGGACGAGGAAGUGGAGAACAAUAACGUUGAUGCCGGCCUUGAGAAGGAGUUUUCGGCAGAACCCAUUAAGGGCGAAGGAAAAUCGAUGCGAAAAAGCGAAAUUCUUAGCGGUGCUUUAAUUGAAAACAUGAUUCGCAAACCUAGCUUGGAAAAUCUAAAGGAUUUCCAUAGUGAAUCAAAAGAUUUUGAAACGGAAAUGGAAAUCGAAGCGGAGAAAAAUAAAACUAGUCAAGAUUUAGAACCGGAAAUUAAAAGUGUUAAGGCCAGCCUAGAUCUAGAGUCGGUACCUCAAUCUGAGCAAAAAGCUCAAAAGGAAAGUGAAGAACUCGAUUCGGAAUCUAGAACUAAAACAGGAAGCUUGGAUGUAGAAUCAGAAAAUGAGCCUAAAAUAGAACCUGAUACGAAAGAUCAAAAAACUAAAAACCAUAGUGAAACUAUUACAGAAAACUUGAGAACAGAUGUUGUUGAUCAAGAAACAGGCGAAUUUAUAGAUAUUGAAAAAUCUAAAGUCAUUGAGAAUAAAGAAAGUGGUGAUGGAAAAGAAGGUGAUGAAGGAAAAGAAACUGCUGAGAAAAGGGACAUCGAUUCUACUGAUGAUGUGCGAAAUAGCAAAAUCCUAAACCCUAUUAUGGAGUCCAAUGAAACAAUUCCACCAUCCAAUAGUAUGAUAUCUGAAAGUCAAGAACCUCCAAUUGAAAAAGAAGUAACUCCCACGGUUUCGAUUGAAAUUGAGCAUGUAGAUGAUUUUUCAGACGAAUCCGCUCCAACCCUUCAAGAUUCUUAUGUUGAUAGGGCUAAGGAUUCCAGUGAAGGCGACUCAAAGGAACAGGAGUCUAAAAAAGUAAUCAAUGUGGAAAUAGAAAGUUUAAAAAAGGUUUUAGCCAAUAAUAAUAGAGAAACUCGUGAGCAAGGUUCUCCUGUGGAAACUUCAGACGAUCAAAUUUUGGAAACAUCUGGUGAUGCUGGAACACCAAAUGAAGAAAAUAAUUCUACAGUUGAAGAUGGAAGUAACCCAAAGAGUAGAGAAAAAAGAAGCAUUGAAGAUGAUGAGUUGGUUAAUCCAAAUUUGGAAACACAGGAGUCAUUUGCAAAAGAUGAUAUCAGUCCCACAGUCGAAUCACACUUAAAACCAAUUAAUCAGGAUGAAAUUAGCAAUGACCAAGAGUUGAAUGAAGAUGAAUCUUCAAAUACCGAACCAAAAAUGGGAGAUAUUCCAAAAGCACAGACUAACUCAAAAGAUGAAAUAAUUUCAGCUGAACCAUCAAGUCCAGAAGUCUCUUCGGAUCUUCAAAUUGAAGAAACCAUAACUGAGGAAAAAGAUGAUUCUGAGAAAAGCAAAAAUGUUAUGAAAUCCAAUAGUCAAUCUAUAGAUGAACCUGAUAUUACAAGUAUUGCAGAUGCAUCUGAAUUGUCAAAAACUGAGAUAAAAACUGAAACAGAUAAUAACCAUGAAUUAACUAAAAAAGGGGUUGAACUGAAUCCCGAAAUUAAUCGUCUGAACAAAAGUCUUGAAAACAUUUCAGAAGAAUCUAACCCUGAAGUUGAAGAAGUCCCAGCUGAGGCUGCAUCAGAAGAAACACAAAAUAUACAGACAUUGUCACAACAAGAAACCAUUGCAAUUGGAUCUGAAAGUUUGGAGACUGAAGAAACAGGCUUAUCUGAAGGCAACAUUAAAAAAGAUAAAUCUGAAGAAUCCAAGGAUGAUUUCCAUAAUUUUGAUGUCUUUACUGAAGGUACUGAUCUAAAAGACGAGGUCAAGCCCUUGAUUAAAGAUAUAAAUAACAGUAUGGGAGAGAGUAUAGAACAAGCAAACCCUACAUUAGAAGAUCCAGUUACCACGGACUUGGAACCCCACGUUGAAAGUCCCAACAAUGUUGUUUCUGAACUUGAUUCCCAAAGUGAUGUGGAAGAGGUGAAAAACAGCGAUAGUGAGGUUCAACAGAAAAUUAAAACGAGUUUAGAAGACACUGUCAUUGAUGGUAAAAAUGAAAAAACAGAAAUUUCACAAUUGGAUGACAAAGAGGACAAGGUUCAAAAGGCAAUCAACUCUUCAUUAGAUAAUGUUGAAACUCAUAAAUUAGAGAACGAUCACGUCGUACUGGAUAGACUAUUAUCUGAAAAAUCAGAAAGUGCACCUACUAAUGAACAGCAAUCUGGUGAAGAAAUGUUAGCAGUCAACUCCGAACCAUCGGAAGAUGUCGAGUCCAAAUUAGAAGACGAAACUACCGAGCUAGAUAAAAUAUUAACUGAAGGAUCAAAAAGUUCACAGGCUGAAGACCAACAAUUCGAGUACGAUCAUUUAAAAAUCAACUCAGAGGCUAAGCCUGUUGAAGACAGUAAUCUGGAAGAUGAAUCUGCGGAAUUAAAAAUAAAAAACAUAUCAUCAGGGGUUUCAGAAAAUUCCCAAACUGAUGCUAAACGAUUGGAUGAGGAAAUUAUCCCAGUCAAAUCGGAAUCUGUGCAAGCAGAAGAUAGUAAAUUAAUAAACGAAAUUACUGAAUCAAAUAGUAUUCAACCUGACGGAACAGAAGCAUUACCAACAGAACACAAAAAUCUUAAUUCGGUUGAUGAAACUAUUGAAAGCACUGUGUUGCCGUCUUCAUUAGAAAACGGUUCAUCGGCUGCCAAAGGAGAUAUCCCCAAAAGUGUAGACGGCGAUCUAACAUAUGCAAUAAAUGGUAGUGAUAAAGGAAUACCCGGGGAAAACAAAUCCCAAAAUUCUGAUGAUCGAAGAACUGAAAGCACGGAUAACAACUCAUUGAGUGCAAUAGAAGAUGCCCCUAAAAGUGGAGAUGAUGUUGUUGAAUUUCCAACACAGGAUAUAAGUAAGGAAAUGUCCAUGGCAGAUACCGCCAUUGCAGUUAUGGAAUUAUCCUCUGAGAAUAAAACUGAAUCUAUAAUAGCCGAAGUAGACAAAAAAAAAUCUGAGGACAAAGAUGCUGAAUAUAAUUCUGGAGAGGAAUCUGGAGUAGCAUCACUUGUUGCAGCUGAUAAAGACAGUACAGAGAUUGAAAGUGAAGAAAACAUAGAUCAUAAAGAACUAGAGCCUGAUGUGGAGAUAGAUAAAAAUGGAGAAGGACCUGUAGCCGUCCUGGACAAAGAUGAAUCUUCAGACCAUCCACGUGAAACCGAAACAUCACCUUUAGGACAAAAAGAAAUGAAAAGCACAUCUGUCGUAGUUGAGGAUAAAGACAGUGCGGAAUCUCAAACCAAAAACGACUCACCUGUUCCUCAAAAUCCCGAACAGAAAAACUCUUCAUUGCUUGUAUCUAAUCAAUUAAUUGGCACCCAAAAUUUACCUACUAACCAUAUUGAGAUUGAAAAGAACACCAAGAAGUUAUCUAACCCUAUUGCAAAAGAUAAAGACAUUGGCACCUUAGCGUCGGGGCGUCUGGUACCCACACCCAUUGCUGAGUUGCAGCUUAAGUCAUUCAAAAAUCCCAACGACGAUGGCGCCUGGUAUGAUAUAUAUGUGGAGCCCAAGACGACUUCUGAUAAGGAUUUGGAAAAAAUUCCCCCUUCAAACGUAACCAAACCAUCUGAGGCGGGUCAACAAAAAGUCCCAGUUGUAGAUGAGCCUAUAAUUGUCUCGGAAAGAACUCCGAGCUACUAUACCCCCAAGGAAAUCGUAGAAACCCCCGCACCAAGAGCUAAGAACUCGGUUUCAUUUUUUGUCUCAUUCGAUUCGGAUGAUGGAAAACCGAAGUACAAAAUACCCAAAAGGUUUAGAGAUCAAUCGAAAACAGACACUAUUAAGGAUGAGAAGAAUUCCGAAGAUAUACCAUCCGAAUCUGAUGCUGAUUCCAAUGAAGAGGAAAUUGAAGUCAUCGAGGUUUCGGAGGGCGAUCCCGAGUACCAACAGACGGGUGGCAGUAAGUUACAAACCAUAUUGGAACUAGAUAAUGAAAGUGAUCAGUCCACUGAAUUGUGUAAUCAAAGCUACGCUUUAGAAUCAAAACAAAUUAAUGAUACAGCGGAGGAUAAUGCGGAUAAAACAAAGUCCCCAAAAAGUAAUACCGUGCAUUUUGAAGAAGCCUACAAAACUGACAUGUUAAAUAUUACGCGAUCUGUACGGAUCAUAGAAAGAGCCUACCAAAGAUUUAAGAUUAGAGACUCAUUAAAGAGCUAUGAAUCGGAUUUGGAAAAGCAAAAUCGGGCUGCUAAAAUAAUACAAAAGUGGGUUAGGGACUCAUUGAAGAAAAAAUCAUCGACAUCCAAAACCUCUAAAGAAAUUAUUGCUGCGAAGAAAAUUCAAAGAGCCUACCGAAGAUAUGCUGAAAAAAAUAAUAAAAUGAAAUCUGCUAGUCUUGUGUCUCCAGAAAGGACUAAAAAUAAAGAAAUUGCUGCACUUGUUAUACAAAAAGCGUUUAGGCUAUAUUCUCAGAGAAAACAUGAUACACUUAACAAAAGUCAGUCUUUAGUUGAUAUAGAAAUUAAGCAAAAUAAUGCAGCUAAAAAAAUUCAAAGGACUUACAGAAGGUAUCUUCAAUUAUCCGAUAAAUCAGAUAAGACAAAUUCAUCAAAGUCUCAAGAACCUAAAGAAACUGAACAUCCAGUGGAAUCAAACACAAAUCCAAAUGAUUCUUUAAUACUAUCUAUGGAACCAGAAAUAAUUAGUGAAUUUCAGUCUAAAGAACAAGAAGAUAUUGAGAAAACUAUAGAUGCUGGUUCGAAGUCAAUUGAUACAUUUGAAUCAAACGACAAAAAAGAAACUAUAAAUGAGUUUAAAACGGAAGAACUAAAUGAUAAGGAAAAGGUAGAAGAAACCAUUUCCAAUCCAAUUCAUAUCUCAAGUUUAGCUGAGGAACCAAAACUAAUAAAAGAAAUAAAGAAGGAUGACAUUCAAGAGUUAGAAAGAGUUUCCAAGAGUUUAAGUCAAAGUAAUUUGUUUAAAUCGUCAAGUCAAUCAGAAAUUCUACCUGAAUUGCCCCCUGAGCUACAGGAAAUAAAGAGCCCUGAAAAUGCUGGAUCAAGCCCACUUCGAACUUUAAAUUCAACUGAUGAGCAAAAAAUUAUAAACAAUGUACAGACAGAAGAACUCAAAGAUAUAGAAAAGUCUGACAAAGAUAAGCCAGAAUCCAAAAAAGAUGAAUUUCAAACUAGUCCCAUUCAUCCAGUAAAGGAUGAUGGAAAGUCCAGUGCAGCUCUAAUAAUACAAAGAGCAUUCAGACAAUAUAUGGAAAGAAGAAAGCUUGAAAAUGUUGAUGAUAACUCCUUUGACUCGAUUACCAGCUCACGAAUAACGGCCAUAGAAGCCUCCAACUAUCCAACUGCAGGCACCACGCCAUCAGAAAGUUUGGCCCAAGAAGUCACUGAAGAAUCAGGCGAAGAUGCUGCGGAGGUCCAACCGAAGUCCGAGUGGUUUGUGGGCUCAACUCGCAUAGUACCAAGCCAGGGAGUCGUUGAAGAACCUCUUGGGUUAGAAACCGAUCCAGAGCCAGCUGCAAUCACAAGUAAAACCGAGCUCGACACCAGCACGCAAGUAGAAUCAGUUGAAACAGUAGAUAGAACGCAUGGCUAUGGCUUGCUUGAGUCCAAAAUAAAUACUGGUAUUAGCAGUUCUGAAGUCGAUGAGAGUCUGGGCGUUACGUCUGAAAAAGAUAAUGCAGUCUCUUCUGGUUUAGCAGGUUUAACAGAGGCUUCUGAAGCGGGUCUUGACUCAGUUGAGGAUCCACAUCUCCAAUUACAAUCCGACUAUGGUGGUAUCGUACAGUCUCUAGAUACUGCUUCAACUCAAGAACUGGUUAAUAGUUUUCUGGAGAAUGAGAUUGAGUACUCGUCCAGGCAAGGACCUUUCCCAAGUGCUAGUCUUCUUCAAGAGGUUGUAGAGGAACCCUGUAUAAAGAAGUCUGCUUCACUGGUUAACCUUUCGGAAGGCGAAUCAGAACCAGAUGCGGCUAAUCAAAAAGCGGAAACUACGGAUUCUUCAAUAUCCGAAACCACUGGUUUGGAUACGCUAUCCGCAGAUACCAUCGACAAGGCAACUGUUAAGUUGUCCAAGCCAGAGGAAGUAAUUGAAAAAAUGGCGCUGCUACGAGACACCAAGUCCCACGACAGACUUUCCUCGGCAGAUCCCAGCUUUGAUGAGCCCGUAGUGCGACCCAUGAGUUCCCUGCAGGAGCAAUCCAGCGUGGACAUCGAGGAUGGAGAUAUCAUUGUAUACAAUCGUCUGCAGAGGGACGAAACCAGGGAGAGCUCGGCCCAAAGUGAUUCCGUGGUCUUCGGCGAGGCAGAAUCCGCAAAAAACCAGGAAAAGGAUUUGCUCAAUGAGGAAGAAUCCGGAAGAGUGCAUUUAAUGAGGCACUACACCAUUGCUGGUGACGAUCCGCGUGGUCUGUUCAGAUCUGUGACCAUUGAUGAUGCUCUAAAUUACACCGAAAAUGGAGAUGGAAUGGGCAUCAAUAGCACGAAUAGUUUCUGCUUGGACGACGAAACCUCGGAGAACAUUCGCAAGAAAAUGAUGGCCUACUCGCUUUCUGAAACGGACUCGGAUUACUUUGAUCCGAGGAAGGGCAGCAAGGAGGACUUCGAUGUAGACACGGCCAUGGCAGAUGACAUGGGCACAUCCACUGAAACGGAAUCCACCAUUGUGUCAGCCGCCACAAAGAUCCAGGCGGGGGCACGAGGAUUCCUCACCAGGCGUAGAUUGCGUCGGGCCAGUGCCGGGACAAAGUCCUCCACCUUGGACACCAAGGCGUCCUUCGGCAACGAUGCAAUCAGCGAGUCCCUGGAACGUUUCAUCGAGGAGGAAGCGGCCAAGAAGAUCCAGGCCGCCUAUAGAAUGCACACCCGGAAACGCAAGGGUCACAACCGGAAGAUAGAGGGCAUCAGCCUGGAGAGCAACCUGGCCGCCAGGCGCCAGAAGUUGCAGCGCGGGGAUGCUCUUCGUAACGAUUCCACCCCCGAUGAUGAAAACAGUGUGAAUAGCAGUGGGGGUCAGGCUCAAAAAAGCUUAAAAUCGGGCAAAAACAAAACAGUUGGUGAGACAAAGUCAAGAGCCGACAUGGAAUUGAGGUGGCUCAAGAUGAGGCAGAACUCAAUGCCCGUGCAAAUUGAUUGCGAAGUUUUCCGAGUAAUACCCAAGCACAUGCGAAAGCGUAUAAAGAGCGCCGAGGCGAACAAAAGGAAAUAAAAUGCUAUAUCCAUAUUAUAGACUCUAUAAGUAUCAUCGCUGAACUAUAUCUAAAUAAAAUACAUACUUAAUCGGC